AUGUCAUUCGGAUUGAAGAACGCGGAUAUAGAGGAAACCUUUGAGACGCUGAGGACAUACGGGGUCAAGCUAAAUCCCCAGAAGUGUCUGUUCGGAGCAAAAAACGGGUGCUUCUUGGGGUAUAUCGUGACUGAGCGGGGCAUAGAGGCAAAUCCCAGUAAGAUUCAUCUGAAGACCGCCGACCGGAGCUUGCCCUUUUUCAAGAUUCUUCGUCGAGCCACUAAGUUCCAGUGGGACGCAGAGUGUGACAAAGCCUUCGAGGAGCUCAAAGUAUACCUCAACUCUUUACCUGUGUUAGCCAAGCCGAUCGCCGGGGAAGCCCUUAGAGUUUACUUGUCCUUAACUGAAUAUGACGUCGGGUCGGCCCUUGUGAGGCCGGACGGUGAAGAACAGCUUGUGUAUUUCUUGAGCCACAUAUUAAAGGAUGUUGAGUCCCGCUACACUGGUCUCGAGAAGUUAGCUUUUGCGCUGGUGCUUGCCACUCAGAGGCUCUGCCCUUAUUUUCUGGCACACCCGAUCGUGGUGAUGACAAACAACCCCCUGGGGAGGGUCCUUCUCAAUCCAGAGGCGUCCGGUCAGCUAAUCAAAUGGACCACAGAACUUAGCGAGUUCAACAUACGGUAUCAGCCCCGGACGACCAUCAAGGCACAGUCGUUAGUAGAUUUUGUCACGGAAGUACAAGAGCCCGAGCCCAAAGCCGCAUGGCAAGUGUACGUGGACGGAUCAUCCAAUCGGCAAGGAAGCGGGAUCGAAGUGCUGUUGAUCUCUCCCCAUGGUGAACGGAUACAUUUGUCCGAACGGCUGGACUAUCGAGCGAUCAAUAAUGAAGCAGAGUAUGAGGCAUUGAUAGCAGGCCUACAAGCCGCUAGGCAUGUGGGAGCUGGCAAGGUCUUGAUUCAUUCUGAUUUACAAUUGGCUACUCAGCAACUUUCGGGAGCUUUCGAGAUAAGCAGCGUCAGACUCAAGCUCUAUGUAGAGGCCUUCGAAAAACUGAAGGCUAGUUUUCGAGAGGUGCUCAUCCAGAAGAUCCCCCGAGUGGAGAAUCAUGUUGCGGAUGAGUUGGCUAAGCUUGCCAGCUCGAUAUCACUGCUCGUUAUCCAGCAGCUGAUCGAGCAGGUAUCUCUGGUUGCCCACAUCGAUCGGAUGGAGGGGCUCACAUUUCCAAAUGAUUGGCGGACGGCUAUAACAGAAUUUCUGAAGUCAGGAGCAACGUCGUCCGAUCGGUUGGAAGCGUAUCUGCUCAGAAGGAGAGCUGGUCGGUUCAUCCUCAUUGGCGACCAGCUCUACAAAAAAGCGUUCUCCAGGCCUCUACUUAAAUGCAUUCGCCCGGAGGAUGUGGACUAUAUUCUGCAAGAGGUAGAUGAGCUGCCCGGUGUAUUGUGGGUGCUCCAAACAAUGUCCAAAGAAGGAACGGGCAUGACCUCAUUCCACUUGGUAUAUGGUGGAGAGGCCAUCAUCCCAGUGGAGGUCAAGAUAGAAUCCGAUUGGACCGAACACUAUGACGAGAGUAAUGCCGAGCGGAGGUGCCUGAAGCUGGACCUGGUGGACGAGACGCGAGCCAAGGCCGCCGUCCGGCUAAUGGCGUACCGGCAGAGAAUGAAGCAAAACUACAAUAGGAGGGUAAUUCCUAGAUCUUUUCAGGUCGGCGACCUCGUCUGGAAGAAAGUCAAGCCGGUUGGCGAUGUCACUAAGCUGGGAGCUCCUUGGGCCGGGCCCUUCAAGAUUGUAGAAAAACUUCGAUCGGGAGCCUAUUACCUGGAGGACGAAGACGGGCAGAAGCUAGAGUGA